UUCCACCAACUCCACCAACCGCAGGAGCGACCGUAAAGGGAAGGGCAUCUACAAGCAUAACUUGGGUGCUCAAUCUAUUGCCACUCUGGAGAUCGCAUGGCGGAAGAAAAUGAUGGCGAGCCGGUUGAUGAUCUCGCCCUAAUGAGGAGGGCGUGAUGCGCCUCGGAUCAUAGACCCGGGCCAGGAUGAUGCGACCAUGGCUGAGCCAGAUGAUUCUUCAACAAAAGACAAACCAGGAUGGAUUAAUGGUGAGGAUACUGAUCUAAAACCAGCUGAUGAGACUGAGGACGAGCUGGAACCAGCUGAAGAGAGUAUGCUUGAGCUGAAACCAGCUGAAGUGAUAGUAGAUGAGCUAGAUGAGCUGAGUGAGCUAAGUGAUACUAGCUUGGAGCUGAAUGAGCUAAGUGACACUGAAGAUGGAGCUGGUUUAGUUGCUGGGCGAAAUGAGCAUUUUUCAGCCCAAAGAAAAAUUCAUAACAAAUUCAAUUUGGGUCGGUUUUACACCAAAUUCGACCAGACCUUUCCUCAGUCCAUUUCAAGCCCAUUCUCAUCAAGAAUGCCAAGAGGGAGUCAGCAAGGAAGUCUUGGUCGUGCAUGGGAAAAAGAAUUCAACAAAAAUCAUUAAUUUCGGUCUUUAGUCAAAGUCUUCAUUUCUAGUUUCCAUGUCUUGUUUUUAGCACAUUCUUCUUUGGAUUUCUACAACUUGUAAUCCUAUAUAUAGGGCCUAAGAGCCACGAAAUAAGACAAGCUUUUUCCCCUUUUAUUUGAGUUUAUCUAUUUGUUCUUUGUAGAACACUUCUUUGUUUCUUGGUGAGGUUAUCUCCAAGUAAACAGCCUCUAAUUCGUUGGACCUGUGCGUCAUAUCAGGCAACGUUUAGAAAUCCUUCUUUUGGUGGACUUGUGAGUCAUAUCAAGCACCAACUGAAGUCUGGUAGUAUCAUUGGGCCAUCCGCAACCCAUUGUGUCACCGUUCAAUCCAUCAGUUCUCCCUUUUGGCGAGUUCAUAUCCCUUUAGUCCGGUCGAGUGAUCCUUCCCUAUUUUAGGGCGU